AUGAAGGUGAUAACAGAUGGAGCCAUUACAGGUUUCUUGAACAAGAGCUUGACCAAAAAAUCGAUUUUGGAAGUUUUCCAACCAGCUCUCCUCAAUGGGUUGGUUACCUAUUCCAGCGAUCCAGAGCAGAUUGUGCCCCCGCGGAUAAAACAGGCUUCCAACAACCCAAACUCAGAUACAGUUCACGUUUACAUGCCCUGCAUCUCGCCGAAUGAAGUUGGGAUCAAGGUGAUUAGCGGCGGUCCAUGCAACAAUUCCAAAGGCUUGGGGUUUGUAGGGUGCGUUUUGAUCAUGGAUGAAAUCUCGGGCGAGUUGCAAGCAGUGAUGAAUGCCAGCACCUUGACUGCGUUUAGGACGGCGUUGGCUAGUACUUUGGGCUUGAUCAAGGUGAUUAGUGUUGAUAAACAAGAGAUCUUGCCCGACUUGACAGUUUUCGGAGUUGGUGCGCAAGCCUACUGGCACGUGAAAUUGUCACUUUUACUCUAUGGGAGAAAGAUUCAAAGAGUCAACAUUUUGAAUAGAACGUUGGGUAACGCCGAGAAAUUAAAGGCAAAGCUUGAGGAGGAAUUCAAAGAUGUCCAAUUCGACGCUUUCCUGUUCCAAAAUGAUGGAGAUGUUGCUUACAAAAACCGCAUUCAGAAUAGUUCAAUCAUAUUCGGGUGCACGCCAGCUGCUUCCCCCGUGAUUAAAGCCGAAUAUAUAAACAAAGAUCCUAAAUGGCCAGUGUUCAUCUCGUUGAUUGGCUCCUACAAACCCGAUAUGAUUGAGUUGGAUUUGGAUUUCGUCAAGAAGUUGAAGCAGCAGGGAGUCAAGAUCAUUGUGGAUUCCAAAGAGCAUACUUUGGAGGAGGCCGGCGAAUUGAUACAAUCGCAAUAUCAACCAAGUGGGUUGGUUGAGAUCCAUGAGUUGUAUACAUCCCCGGUUACUGACGUCACGGAUACCAAUGCAAAUGUCACCGUGCAGAAAAUUGUUGGUUUGUCAAUCAUGGACUUGGCAGUGGGUAAACUUGUCUAUGAAAAGAUUGGCUCUGAUGCGAUUGAUGUAACAGAUUUCUAA